AUGCCUGUCGUGUCUUCGCAUUCGGCCAAAGCAACUCUGUUGUCGUGGGCUGCAAAGUAUGGCCUAUCGGAGCAGACUCGAUCAAUCCUUGGAAGGCAUGCUAGUGCCACGACUGGCGCGUACGCCUUUUGCUCUAGGGAUUUGUGUGUUGCCCCGACCCGCGAAUUGCAGGAAGUCAUUGAUGAGAUCUUCAAAGGGAACUUCAAUCCGGAUGCUCCCCGCAGCGCUUAUUUCACCAGGAGGGAUCCGGCGCUUGAGCCAGAGAGCGGAGGUCCCGUUGUGCCUGUGCUUGAGGGUCGAUUAAACACUAAGGCAGAGACUAUUGAGUCAGAUGGCGGUUUCGACGAGGGUUGUGGGGAGCCUGAGCUAAUAGUCAUUGAUGACGACACCAGCUCAGAGAGUUCAUCCAGUGAUGCAGGUUCUUCAUCAGAUUCCUCGUGUUGCGAGGAGCCACCCAUGAAGGUGAAGAGGUUCCGACCAAAGGUGCCGAGAGACGAGGCAUGGUAUGCCCACAGGAAAUCUCAUAUCCUCCACCUCUUCAAUGAGAAUGCAGAUGGCCUCACGUAUCGUUACUUGGCAUGCGGGAAACGGUUGACAGAGGCAUAUUCAUUGUCCACCGAAGCAACAGCUUGGAACGUGAUGUGCAAAAUGACUGUGAUUGUGAUGGCUCUUCUUCUUGAUAGCGAGGCUCAGUUCGACCUCAGAAUCGCUGAGUGCAAGAUUCCAGAUAAUCUCCGUGAUGCUUUGAAAGGAAAUGGCAUCACGUCCUUGGCGACCUUGGCAUAUAGCUUCGGGCAUCCUGGCCAGGCGAUUGAUCAUGAAGCCUUUGCUGCUUGGGCCCGGACACUUGAGCCAAGGGCUUCUUUGGGAGGUUACGGCGCCGGAGACGACCACUCGGAAGAUCCCCCAAGCAGAGAGAGAGAGUCGCGCAUGAACUUGUUGCAGCAGCGCUUGUCAGGAGUCUUGAUCAGCGGUCAAAUGGAGCCCGGGCACACAUUGUUAGACUCCGUGAUGAGUAUGGUGGAUAAGAAUCAAUUGAAGUACUUGCCUCCUGAGCGUUGUGUGUCAAGGGUUCAUGAACUCACGAACUUGAAGGCCCCUGACCGCAUGCUUGACAUCGAGGCGAACAAGAUCAUCAUCAAAGACAAGGACGAAAAGAUUGAGGCGCCGGCUCACACCUCUUUGCAGGUCUUGGAGGCCUUGAAGCGUAGGGGCAUUGCUUUGGAGUUUGGUGAUUGCAUGGGGUUUUUGGAGCAUGAUAAAUAUGUUCAAGCACUCUUUGCUCAUCUGCACCGAGAGCCGCCUCCUGGUUACCAACGGUGCACAGUCUCCCAAUUGGUGAACGCAGACAAGGAGGCAUGGAGGCGGGUGAUUGAGUUGAACGUAAAGCCAAAGAGAGAUGCCACAGGGACAAGGCCAUUAGACCAGCAGUUGAUGACAGCUCUCACUUCUUAUGAAGUUUCGUUCUCUUUGAUCCCAUUGCCAUUAAAGUCCAAGCAGGAACCCAAAGAUCGUGCUUCAAGUCAUGACAAGCCUGGUGGAGGUAAGAGCUAUGACCAGAAAGGCAGUGGCAAGGGAAAGUGGCAACAUCGUCCGAAAGGCCAAUGGUUCAGUCCGUAUCAGAAAGGAAAAGGCAAGUCAAAAUGGGAACCCCGGAUUCCCGCUCAGAUUCGUGAACUUGGAGGCACGGCUACAACACCAGCCGGAAAACGCAUCUGCUUUGACUUCAGCUUAGGCCGAAAUUGUGGUCGCAUCAUGUUGGCUGAUUUGACCAAGAAGGUCGAUUCGUCCCAGGUCCAAAACCACUUCGAGACGAACUUCAUCCAGACGGGCUGGUUAAUCUUAGGUGGACAGAUAGGCUUCGCCACUAGCAAGGAGACAGCGUACCCCUUGCAGCUGGCGUAUGAGAUUGCGCAUGCUUUUGCGCAGGAGGCUGUCACACGGGGUUGGCAACCACCGGCAGGGACCUUGACACCACCUAGUCGGGUCCAAUACGCCUACCUUCGUGCAGUGGUCGGCCUUCAGCCGAGAGCUUCAAAGUUGGCACCGGUCUUGUCUGAGUUUUCAGAGGUUCGACACGUGCCGCACACGGCAGACAAGCCGCCGAUCGAGCCUGGUGCAACUUUGAAUGAGCCUUGGCAUGGCAUCCCGGCCGGUGCCAAACUACUCAAACACCAGCCAAUUCGGUUAAAUGGGGGUAAUUCGGAGUCGAGUGAUUCUUCCUUUGCCUUUGGAAUUUUUCGUAGCCCGGAAGCUUUCGUAAGUGAGGCAGUGGUGAAGGGCCACCCAACGAGGCUCCAGAACUUCCUUCCGACGGUGCUUGCGGAGGCAGUCGAGAAAACGGUCAGGUGCUCAUCAAAAAGCUUGAAUGCAGAUAGGCUAAAGGUCCUUAAGGAGUGGGUAAUUCUAGCCCGGUCGCUUCUAGCUGAAGAUAGAGAUAUCCACAGUAAAAUUUCCCCACAUGCUCAAUCAAUCCUUGCCCCAAAGAGGAUUGCCCUGUGGAAAGCCCUGCUUGUUAAGUACGGUUACCCUGAUCUUGGAGUAGUUGAUGAACUUUGCGUUGGGACUAAGCUGACGGGGCCCAUUCCCCCCGUGCCCAUGUUCGAGCGUGUUUUCAAGCCAGCAUCCCUCACAGAAGGCGAGUUGAAGAUUGGGGCAAAAGCAGCUAGGGAAGCAGUGGUGCAUAGUGUUAAGGGAAGUGGCGAUGACUUUGUUGACUUUGAGGUGUAUCGCAAGACGUGCGAGGAGAGAUCUUCAGGGUGGCUGAGAGGCCCGUAUCGCCUGGACACGUUGCCACAGCACGCGGUGGUCAGCCGGAGAUUCGGGUUGAAGCAAGGUCCAAAGGUCAGGUUGAUCGAUGAUUUCAGUGGUAGCUGUGUUAACUUGACCACUCAGGCUGAAACGACACCGUCCCUUCACACCUUGGAUGUUGUGGCUGCCAUGCUCUUGCGAGUGGUGUGCAGGGGACGGGGCUUUGCUUGGGUUGGAAAAACGGUUGACUUGUCAGCAGCCUAUAGGCAGCUCGCCGUCGCAGAGGAGAGCCUUUGGGCAGCAUAUGUGGUGUGCUUUAACCCGCACAGCAGGAAGCCCGAAAUCUUUCAGAUGUUGGCACUGCCGUUUGGGGCUCUGCACUUGUGCUGGACAUCCUUCUUUGACGAUUUCGUGACUAUCGCUCGGAAGGGUGAGGCUGAGGUGCUUGAAGGACUCGUCCGAAAAUUUUUCGACCUUUUAGGUGUGGUCUCGAUUUCCAACACGAAGAAGAGGAUCGAUGAGCUGACAGAAACUAUUACGGGCAUCUUGGAUAAAGGUGGAAUGUCUCGUGCUCAGGCGAUGUCACUUCGUGGGAGAAUGCAGUUCCCGCAAACGAUAACUGCCCUUAAACACUUCUUAAUUAGCCUCGAGGAUCCCAAGCCCAGACGAAUAGGUAAAGAGUCAGGUCGCCAGUGGUUCAUCUUUACUGAUGCUUCCUUCCAGCCGAAUGACAGUGAAUGGCCAUGCGGCGUAGGCGGUGUGCUGUAUGAUGAUGAGGGUAAUGAGGUCUCAGCCUUUUCGUUAGGAUUAGCUGCUGCCGAGCUGGCGGCCUUGGGGUACCCUGGCAAGAAGACCGUCAUCUUCGAAGCUGAGCUUGUGGCCAUCAUAGUAGCCAUAACUCUUUGGGGAGACGUGGUUGGUAGUUGCCCUUGCCUGAUCUUCGUCGACAAUAACUCAGCUAGAGAUGUCGCCAUCUCGGGACGUGGCCGGUCUUCACCUGCUGAUGCACUGGUAGGAGUGUUGCUUCAGGUAGAGGACAGCUUAAGUAUAACCCCGUGGAUAGCCCGAGUUCCCUCUAGCUCAAACCCAUCCGAUGAACCAUCCCGGAAGGGAAGCCAGAAGUUCGCACAUAUCCAAAUAGCUCCUGAUCUUGUGCGAGAGUGUCUCCAUGGUAUCCUUGGUAAGGCCGCCGCAAACAAGUUCGGUUAA